UCUGUUCCUCCCCAUCGCAACCAAAAACACAAGUCGCGUGCAAGUUACAAGGCGUCGAGAGGUAGUAGCAACUACCAAGCAUGGGAUCCAUGGGCCCUACGGUGAGCAUGAGCAUGGCCAAGGCCAACGGCUGCACGGUGCCCGCCGGUGGCCAGCAGCAGCCGGAGAAGCGCAGCGGCAUGUUCAGCUGCGGCUUCCAGAUGCCGCUGCACUACCCGCGGUACAAGAAGGCGGAUUACGAGGCGAUGCCGGAGUGGCGCGUCGACUGCCUGCUCCGGGAGUACGGCCUCCCCGUCUCCGGCGACGUCCACGACAAGAGGAAGUUCGCCAUGGGCGCCUUCCUCUGGCCCGCCCAAUACUGAAAGCUCACCACACCUAAUUUCAGUAAUAGCAGCAGCAGCAGCAAAAUCUCCCUUGCACGAAGGCCUCUAUAACCGUAAUCACCAUAGAGAAGAUAUGUUCCUUACGGUUUGUAUAAGCUAUGUGAGAAGGUCUUGUUCUAAUGUUCUUACAGUGUAAUGCAUUUGUGUGUAUAUUAUGUACGUUUACUGAGCUUAAUUUGGUCGAGGCGCCGCGUGCCAUAUUUCUGCUUU